CGGAUCCGAAAGAAAGAAGGAAAGAGCAAAUCCCUAACCCUAGGUCGACAAUGGCGGCGGCGGAGGAGAAGUGGCUGAUGACGUCGGAGGAGGAGAAGGAGAAGGAGGAGGAGGCGGGGGCGCGGUACUCGCUCUGCAUCGUGCGCGAUUGCGCGUGCUACCGGCAUAGAUACCGCUCGCCCCGGACCCCCCGCGUCGCCCCCGGGAGGGACUACCACUGCAUGCCCGCCGGCGCCGACCAGAGCCCCACCUGGUCCCUGCUCGUCGGGAUCAUGGAGGGCGCCGUCCUACGGCUGAAACGCCUCCGCGUUGCACGAUCCGGGCUGAUAUUCGGCCGGAGCGACGACGCGCUCGAGUCCUUCCGCGACAUCGACAUCCCGUUGCCGACUGGGUGUUGUUUCAGCACCUGCGCCGCCCUGGCUCCCGACGGCCGCUCGCUCUGCGUUCUGCACGGGGCCUACAAUGAGAAGCCCCGGGCCCUGCAGCUGACUUUGCAGCCGCAUACCAACACCGAGGAGCCGGCGACUGAAGGGAGGAGGUUCCCGUUGGAGCUGGAUCUGCCGGAGGUUGAAGCGGCCAGUCGUAGCAUACCCAUUUACGUCGGCGACCACUUGUGGGCUCUGUCUGCCAUCGAGAAAGGACCCAAUUUCAGCGUGCUCAUGCGACGGCUCGUCCCCGGGGACGGAUGGCAGCAGGUCGGCCACACCAUCACGACCCCAUACGUGCACGGCCAGUUCUCACUGUGGGGCAGCUGGUUCCUCCAGGGCUAUGCCGUGCUCCCAGACGCUGCGCUGAUCCUCGUCUCCUUCAACCAAGGCGGCCUCUUCUUCACCUUUGCCCCCGACUCCGGCGACUGGACCCGGGUGCCCACAGACGCGACAAGGUCGCCAGACUACGUCCCUAUCCUCGGUCGGGGCGUGUACAUCGAGCAAGACAAGGCCGUCUACAUGAUCCGCCACAACACCAUCUACGCCUACAAUCUCACCUUCUACCAGGAUGAUCAGGGGAGGCAGCAGCUCGGGCAGCUGGACCCGCCCAUCACAAUCGAUUCCGUCUGUCCUUUCAAUUCCUGCCAAGGCUACGGCUUCCUCACCCGUCUCGACCCCGACCGCCUCAUGUGCUCCGUCUGGAUCAGCCUCGGUUCAGGUCCACCAUGCCACUGUGGCAACCUACAUGCCAUCGUCACCACCUUCCGCCUCCGCCACCCGUCUCAGGGAGGAAUAGAGGUGCUGCAUUCCUCUUUCCGCCGGGUAGACAUGGUGCCCAGGCCAAGACAACAGGAAUUCUGCUUUCUACUGGAUUAUGAGGACAAGGACUCUCCGGUGGUGCUGCUCCAACACGAUCAAGGGCAGGAGGAUCUAACCAGUUCCCAGGACAUCGACCGCCCCUCCAAGAUGCUUGAAUGUUGCAGACAGUAUUUCACACGGGAAGACCCACGGAUGUGCUUUCUGUGCGGCAGCGAUGGUCACAUUGCCCGUGAAUGCUCUUUCCCGCCACAGGAGCGCUCCUCGGCAAUGCCACCCUGGGGACCGACUAGCAGCAUGCCGGUUGACCCUGCUUCAAUGCAACGCCAAGUCAGUUUUUCAAGUUGUAAUGUUGCCCCUCUGAACCCUGCUACAGCAACUAUCAAGAAAAGACUGUUUAUCGUUUGCAAAAUUGGCUCGCAACCAGUGAUCUACCCGACAGGUGUUAUGGAUGAGAGUUUACUGUUAGAACAACCCAGUGCCAUGCCUCUUGAACCGUGUUAUGCUCCAGAUGGUGGUGAUGACUAUUGGCACUUUAUUCAUAGUGGCUCAAAAAUACACGCAGUCUCGUGCACAAGAGAUGUUAUGUUUGAGUUUACUCUGAACAAGCCCGUGCCGAGUAUCAAGCUACCUGUACGGUGGCCUAAGACUGAUCCUUUCGUUAUGGUUAUCAGAGUUGGUGGAGAGACCAUUGGUGUUACUGAUAGUCUGGAAGUUUUCCACCAGAAAGAGUCGACAGAUGGUGGAUCCACCACGUGGUUGCCUUGCAAGACAGAUCAGUCGCAUGUUCUCCGCAGGAAGGUUGUGAUAUUUGGAUAUGUACAAGUGACUGAUCAUUCCUUUCUACUUUGGGAUGCUGUCACAGGUUCGUGCCUUUUGUUUGACCUGGGUGCAAAACGAUGGCGCGUCGUCAUGCCUUGGGCCGCAUUCAAAGACAAACUGCCAAGGACUAGCCCAGACUGUUUCUUAAAUGGUAGAUGUGUAUUUGUGGAUGGUUUUAUCUACACAUGCAGAGAUGGAGGGCUUGCUGCUCAUCAACUACUUCAUAAAGAUCAUUCUGUGUAUCUCAGCCAGCCGAUCUUUCUACGAUUCUCAUGGCUCGUAGAGGGUGUGAAUUAUGACAUGUGCUUGGAUUAUGCUGGCAAAGAUGUGGAAUCUGGUGCUAUUUUUUUUUACGUGGUGCAAGGUGGACAUUCACCACCCAAGAAUGAUGUGCACAUCACCAUUGUCCAGGUUAAGACUAAAAGAACACCCAGCAAUGGAAUGAAGCCAGUGAGAGUAUACCCUGUGGACCGUACCACGCGUCCCUUGCGUUACACAGGAUCCUUCCGUACCAUAUGCUGCUUUGCAGCCUCUUUCUGAUGGAUGCAAGCCUUAUUAUUAGUAUAUAUAGGCUCUGUAAUAUUUGUAACCUCUAAGUUUCCAUGGCACUGGACAUCUCUGUCGGAAGUGGAUGAUGAGAGGAUCUGGACUUCAGGUGGCACUCUCCUGUUAGGUGCCAAUUAGUUGUAUUUUGGUGGUGGUAAAACUUAAACUUCUCUAAGGGCCUGUAUGUAAUGAUUGGUGACCCUGAUUAAUCAAUCCCAAACAUUUGCUACCUCUAGAGGUU